AUGAACGGCGGAGGUGGAGCUUGGCGGCGAUCGCCCCGGAGCGGGAUCUUCUUCCAGCCGGGCCGGGCGGCGGCGGAGGAGGAGGAGGAAAUCCCGUUGUAUCCCUGCCUCUCUGCGGGGUCUCCGGACGGGACGAUGAGCCCGGCGUUGCAAAGCCUCCUCCCCGGGCGAGCCGGGCGCUGGAGCCGGACGAGCGCCGCCAAGAGAGCGGCCGCUUUGGUGGCCGCGGCUUACGGGCUGAAGAUCCUCUGGCCGCUGCUUUGCAAGCGGCUGCGGCGGCAGCAGCGGAGCGGCCAAGAUGCUGCCAAGCGAGAGGAGAAGGAAGCGAUGGGGUCGUUGCACCGGCCCGAUCCGGCUGCCAGCAAAGCCUCUCCGGCCGCCAAUGCGGAAUUCCUCCGGCAACUCCUGGCGCUGCGCAAGAUCUUCUUCCCGCGGCUGGUCAGCCCCGAGAGCGGCUGGCUUUGCCUGCACUCCGUGGCGCUGGUGUCGCGGACCUUCCUCUCCAUCUACGUGGCCGGGCUGGACGGGCAGAUCGUGAAGAGCAUCGUGGAGAAGCGUCCGCGGAGCUUCGCUUGCAAGUUGCUCAAGUGGCUGCUGGUGGCCAUCCCGGCUACCUUCGUCAACAGCGCCAUCCGCUACCUGGAGUGCAAGCUGGCCCUGGCUUGCCGCACCCGCCUGGUGGAUCACGCCUACCUGACCUACUUCGACCACCAGACCUACUACAAGGUGACCAACAUGGACGGCAGGCUGGCCAACCCCGACCAGUCGCUGACCGAGGACAUCAUGAUGUUCUCCCAGUCGGUGGCUCACCUUUACUCCAACCUGACCAAGCCCAUUUUGGAUGUGGGGCUCACCUCCUACACGCUCAUCCGGACGGCCCAAGCCAGGGGGGCCAGCCCCGUGGGACCCACGCUGCUGGCCGGCCUGGUGGUCUACACCACGGCCAAAGUGCUGAGAGCCUGCUCCCCCAAGUUUGGCAAGCUGGUGGCCGAGGAGGCCCACCGGAAGGGUUACCUGCGCUACCUCCACUCGCGGAUCAUUGCCAACGGGGAAGAGAUCGCCUUCUAUAGAGGCCACAAGGUGGAAAUGAACCAACUUCAGAAAAGUUACAAAGCACUGGAAGAGCAGAUGAAUGUCAUUUUGUCUAAGCGUUUAUGGUACAUCAUGCUUGAGCAGUUCCUGAUGAAAUACGUCUGGAGUAGCAGCGGGUUGAUUAUGGUGGCGGUGCCCAUCAUUACGGCAACAGCAUUCGCGGACGGCGAUUUGGACAAUGGCCAGAAACAAGCCAUGGUUAGCGAACGAACGGAAACCUUCACUACCUCACGGAAUUUAUUAGUUUCUGGAGCAGAUGCCAUUGAACGGAUUAUGUCUUCCUACAAAGAGGUGGCAGAAUUAGCCGGCUACACGGCCCGUGUUUACAACAUGUUUUCAGUCUUCGAUGAAGUAAAGAGAGGCAUUUACAAAAUGUCAGAUCUUACUCCGGAACGGGAAAGCAGCAACAAGAAAAGGAGUAAAGCCAAACAAUGCAUUAAUGGCCCCUUAGAAAUAAAAGGGAAAGCUCAAUGGGACUUCAAAAGCAAAGCUGUCCCAGUUGUAUAG